AAAAUCUUUGGUUAUAUGUAUAUCCUCUCCGAUAAUAUUUCAUGUACUUCCAUUUUUUUUUAUCUGGAAUCCGUUACUUUUCUAUUUUUCUUUCUUUCUUUCACCAGAGUUUUUCUUUCACUUGGUCUGAAAAUUCCAACCAAUCCCGAAAAUCAUCGCACAGAACAGCUGUUUCCGUUAGGUUGUUCCCAUCCUAUUUUUUUUACUUUUCAUCCACCCUUUUUUUAUAAAAAAAAUCAUCUUCCUGGGAUCGUGAUGAUCUGAUUGCAAAACAUAACCAUAGUCAAUGAAGCCUCACUAGAUUCUAUUCUCUCGGGGGAAAUCAAUCUUCCUGCUCUGCCGAUGAGCAAACAACACACGGAGAGGAGAAAAGUAGGUGAGGUAGCGGGAGGAGCGGCGGCCGAGUGCGCGGCCAUCUGUUGUUGCUGCCCUUGUGCGGUGGUGAAAUUCGUUGUCCUUGCCGUGUACAGGGUUCCCGCGGCUGUCUGCAAGAAAGCGUGGAAGCAAAGCAAACGACGGCGUUUUGUGGCGAAACGGCACGGUUUGCUCGAAGGGAGUCAGAGCAGCGUGCACGCUAAAUUGAAGGAGGAAGAUCCAACGGCUGAGGUUAUCGUUUUUGAAGAAAGCGCAGUGAACGACGUUAUGGUGCUCGAGAAUGAAAUGUUGGAACGGUUUUAUGGGACGGGGUUUUGGAGAAGCUUGUCGAGGAGGAACACGUGAUGACCGAACUCUUUUUAAAAAAAAUGUAAUAUCAUGUGGGUAUGUGUGAAUAGAAGUAACAUAUCAGCAUGAUCUUUUUUCGCCGGCCGUUUUCAUUUUCUUCUGUUUAAUUACAAUUUCUUUCGCCAAUAGGAUACUGACCAAAAACUUCAUAUGAACACGCAAUCAAUAAACAACUUUAAAAUGCCACAUUUGGUAAAAUAUAUCUUUGAAUUUAUUAGCUUUUUUGUUAUGCUUGUCAAAAAAUAUAAUCUACGGAAACUCAUGAACGAAUCUCUAAUAUCUUUGACUGAACAUUUAAUAAUAACCCGAGCC